UAUUGGUCAAGUGCACUACGUAUCAAUAUGUUCUGUUUCACAUCAACAAAGUUCGAACAAUAUUGACAGGGAAAAUACAAUUUCGAGUCGUCCAGAAAAAAGAAAGCAAGCAAGUACAAGCAAAAGUUCUAAUUCAAAUGAAACAAAAAGCAAGACAGGGCUACCUACAUUAGGCAAUACAUGAAGGAAUACAGGCAAUUCAAACAAAAUAAUACUUCACCAGAAAAAAAAUCAAAGAGAAAUGAAUACCAAAGAAAUUAUAGAGAAAUGAAUGCAUCACCAGAAAAGAAAUUAAAGUGUAAUGAAUACCUAAGAAAAUAUAGAGAAAUUAAUUCAUCACCAGAAAAGAAAUCAAAGCGUAAUGAAUACCAAAGAAAAUAUAGAGCUAACUCAUCCAUUGAAUUUGCAAUAAAGCGGUUCCAUGAAAUAGUAAACCAAGGCCCUCUGUAUAUUUGUAUAUGUUGUGAUCAACUAUGGUAUAAACAUAGUGUGAGUAGUACUACUAAGCUGAGACAAUCAAAUCCUGAUGUUGUGAAAUAUCUAUCAAAUAAGAUAAGUGUUGGUAACAAAGAAUGGGUUUGUAGAACAUGCUCUAAUUAUUUGCAAAAAAAAUAAAGUCCCACCAUGUGCUGUAGCGAAUGGUAUGGCAUUUCCAGAUAAACCAGAUUUCUUUGAUCUCAAUGAACUAGAAUGUAGAUUAUUAGCUCCAAGAAUUGCAUUUCAAAAAUUAAUGCAGGCACCUAGUGGGAGACAGCUUAAGAUACAUGGAAAUAUUGUUAAUGUACCUGCUGAUGUAACUAAUACAGUUAAUAUAUUACCACGAUUGCAAAAUCAAACUGCUACAAUUAAAGUUAAUUUAAAGCGGAUGCUGAAAUGUAAGAGUUCUGCACUGUCACUAAAUGUAAGACCAUAUAAAGUACUUCAAGCAGCAAAUUGGCUUAUAACACAUAGUAGUUUAUAUAUAGAUGAAGGUAUAGUACUGAAUAAUGACUGGAUCAAUCAAUACAACAGAGCUGAUAAUGAUGAAAUUAAUGAGAAGGUACAGUCAGAUACAAUAGAUGAAACUGAUGACAAUGAUAUUGAUUCUGAAGGGCUAGACCAAAAUGAAUCACAUGAAGAUGAAGCAGAAACAAUUGCUGGUGUUACUGAUACUAUGUUUACAGCAACUGACUUUUUAGAAGAUAAUGAAAGGCAAAACAUAUUAAAUAUUGCUCCAGGUGAAGGGAAUAGACCAUUAAGUGUUUUUAGAGACAAAUAUUGUGAAGAGUUAGCAUACCCUGGAAUAUUUCUUGGACAACCACGAAUUGACAAUAAACAAAGAUUAGUCGAUAUUAACUAUAGUGAUAUAUGUAAAUCAGAGUUGAGACGGUCUGACAGACGAGCUGCAGUGUGCAUUGAAAAUAUAUUUUACAAAACAAAAAAGUUGCAAAUGAAAAUUCUCUUAGGAAAAUCACAUAUAGCUCUGAGAAAAUGUAAGGGAAACAACAAAAAUAUUACUGCUGGACAACUUAAACAGCAAGGAUCAAUAGACAGAUUGAUUCGUCAUGAUGAUGGAUACAAAUUUUUAAAUGCAUUGAGAGGUUCACCUCCAUACUUUGAAAAAGCUAAAAAAGAUCUGUUUGCAAUGAUUAGGCAGUUAGGUCCUGCUACACUAUUUUGUAGUUUCUCAUCAGCUGAAACACAAUGGAUGCACCUACUUAGAAUACUUGGUCAGCUUGUAGACAAUAAGGAAUACACUGAUGAACAAAUAGACAAUUUUAAUUGGGAUGACAGGUGUCGCUUAAUUCAGAGUGACCCUGUGACAUGUGCAUGA